GGGAGAAAAAAUCAAGACUCUUUUCAGUCCAGUCAGCUAUUUGAACACGAUGACUUCUCCAGAGUUGGUUUUAUAUGUGGCAUGUUUGUUCUUGUGCAAAAUGGCUCAGAUGAAUGAUCUGUCCUCAUCUUUUCGCCAAGAGAGUGGUUUUAUAUCCACUCAUGUUGGCCGAAGUAUAAUUUUGCAAUGUUUCUAUGACGAUGAUGUGGUAGCAAGGUAUUACUGGUACAAGCAAACUUUGGGAGAGAAACUGAGGCUCAUGGCUACCUUCUACACGUAUAAUAAAAAUGGCACUUUUUAUGAUGAAUACGAGAACAAUCCACGCUUCACACUGGACACUGAAAAUGGUAAAAAUCACUUGAAGAUCUCAGAUUUACGCACGUCAGACUCAGCUACUUACUACUGUGCAAGUAGAUAUUCAGUAGCAUUUGAAUUUGGGGAGGGAGCUACUGUCAGUGUGAAGGGUUCAGGACUGAACAGUCAAGCUUUGGUCCAUCAGUCCGGAUCUGAGACCAUCCAGCCAGGAGGCUCUGUGACUCUCAGCUGUACAGUUCACACUGGGACCUGUGAUGGAGAACACAGUGUUUACUGGUUCAAAGACUCUGAAGAAUCUCAUCCAGGACUCAUUUACACUCAUGGAGACAGGAACGAUCAGUGUGAGAGGAAACCUGAGACACAAACACAAACCUGUGUCUACAACUUGCCGAUGGAGAACUUGAAUCGUUCUCAUGCUGGGACCUACUACUGUGCUGUUGCCUCAUGUGGACACAUACUGUUUGGAAACGGGACCAAGCUGGACGUUGAGGAUGAGGGUGAUUCUCUUGUACUGGUGUAUUUCUUGAGCAGCGCCUUGGCAUUCACUACCAUCCUGAGCGUCUUACUGGCUUUCUUUAUGUACAUGAUAAGUAAGAGAAACGGCUGCCAUAGUUCGGGAUCUCAUGCAGGAUUUUCAGCUUCUUCCACGAUGAAUGCAGAGAGUUGCAAAGAUGAAGAAAACCUCCAUUAUGCUGCUUUAAAUGUAAAAAAGUCCAACAGUUCAAGAAGACUAAGGGCUGACACAGAGGAUGGAUGUGUUUACUCCAGUGUAAAGCAGUGAAGCUUUGUCUCUGUGACAGGGCACGGCUUUAACUAUGUCAUUUCAAGUGCUUUACCUUGUUAUGAACUAACUACAGAAGCUUUUAAAGUGACAAUAUAUGAAGAUUUGAGGUGCGUGUGAAAGAUUUUACACCGCAGGCUGCAAAAUGAUGGAUGAAGAUAAAGGUAUUUGCAGCCUUGGAAACAGGCAAAUAAUGAGUGUAUGUUCAUAAUCAUUAAUGCUGCAAUUGAAUUUGUAAUUGUGUUGAUUACAAGCCGCAAACCUUUGGCAUGUGCUCAGUGGCGUAGUGAUAAAAUCUCUUUAUGGUUUUGUAAAGCUUUGUAAAUGUGUGCGUGUGUUUAUGUGCGUGCGUGCACCCACAAAUCUAUAAAUGUAUUUAUAUAUUUCUCUGCUUUCAUGUCUGUGAAACAUUUUGCAAACUUGUUUUUGAAACAUGCCUGAUAAAUAAAGUAAAGAUUAUUAAUAAAAUAAGAUAAGUCAGAGUUAUGAGAAGAAAUCACAUAUUGUAUUUCCCAGAAUUUAAAAGCAUGAAGAGGAGAUUUUCAGCGACGACAGCUACAUUAUUUAUUUUUUAUGUGACACGGUCAGUUCUCAUAAUUGUCCUCGUACAACCACACAUAUUACGUAGGAGUCGAAUUCUGGAUUAUAUACUCUCAAUUAAUGGAUAAACUGCACAAAAUCAUAGGGUUUGGGAAUAUUUAUGUUCCUCAUUAAAUGAUACAGGUUAUAUUGCAAAUUGCUGCCGUGCUGUGUUGGUGUACUUGGCAGGUACACCGGGCCUUUUGCUGCAUGUCAUUCCCUCUCUCUCUCUCUCUCCCCUGACUUUCCUGUCCAUCUCUACUGUUGUUACAAAAUAAAGCAGAAAUGCCAUAAAAAUAAUCUUUAAAGAAAUAUGCACAUGUGGUCAAUACAACAUAGCAAGCUGAGGCUAAUCUCCUCUGCUGUACAUGCAGAGGUCAUCCGAUAUGUCUCUCAAUCACCACGUGAUUCUUCUUAAGGGACAAAACUAGACAUCACGGUUGGCAAUGAACAUGUGAUCAGCGCCGACUUGUUG